AUGGAUGAAAUUUGUCGGUUAUGUUGUUCUACAACUUUUGUAAACAAUGAUAUAUUUGACGAAGAGAACGCUCUUUACCUGAAAAUGUCCUUAUAUUUACCUAUAAAGGUAUUCAAAAACGAUCAGUUACCUCAGAAGAUCUGUGACAAGUGCAGUUGCAAAGUAAACGACUUCUAUCAAUUUUGCAAUGAGACAAUCGAAGUUCAAGCCAGGUUACGUGCCAUCCUACGGUCUUCAGGGCCCUGUCAUGAUGAAACUAUUGACCUGUCGCUUGUCAAGAACAGUACCUCCCCACCCCCAAAUAUGCAUAUUGAAAAACUCUGCGAAAGAAGCACUCAAACAGACACUAAAGAAGAAAGUAGUAAAAAUGAUGACAAACCAGUUCAAAUCAAAGAAGAACCGAUACCAAAUAUACCAUCACCUGUUAAACAAGAAGAAGAUAAUUUUGAUGAUGAUCUAGACUCUGAUAACCUAGACCACAGAUCUUCAGAUAGUGAAGAUAUAUCCCUUAAAUCCCUUAAAAUUAAAGCUAAUAAGAAGUCUACUGUAAAUGCUGAGGUGUCACAGAAGAGAGGUAGGAAAAAGAAGUCUGAUUUACAAGGAUGGGAAGCAUUGAUGGAUGCAUUACCCGGGGCAGCUUUAUCUGUGGUGGAUAGGAAUAAUGUUCCGGAUUUGCAAGUGCAGGUUGUGAAGGAGGAGAUGGAAGACCAUCCGACUAAUGCUGAGGGCUUAUUGUUGGAGAUGAAUAUUUUCCACUGCUGUAUUUGUAUGGUUAAAUGUUACAGCAGAAGUGAGAUGCUUCAACAUUAUAAACAGCAUGCCAGUGAGUCAGUAGCGAGUGAUCCUCCCGCGGCACCGGCGCCGCCUGAACACGAGCCUCUCCGAUGCACCCGCUGUCGAAAGAUAGUAAGUCACGGUGAGUGGGCUGGCCACUGGCAGCGGCACUGGGAGCGCGACCGGCGGCCCUACCGCUGCGCGCUCUGCGAGAAGACCUUCCGGGACGCGCACCAGAUACUCAAACAUGGUAUAACACACAAUCACGGCGAGGGUGCGGCGACGGAGCCAGUGGACAAGCGAUUUGUGUGUGACCUGUGCCCCGAAGGUUUUGUCUACAUGAGGUACCUGCUGUCGCACCGCACGCGCGCGCACCCCGAGGCGGCUGGUCGCGCGCUGACGCUGCGCUGCGGGCAGUGCGCGCGCCACUUCGCGCACAUCAACUCGCUGCGGCGCCACCUGCGCGCGCACUCGGGCGAGCGCAACUUCCUGUGCAACGUGUGCGGCAAGGCGCUCAGCUCGCGCGAGCACCUCAAGUUCCACAUACGGAUACACACGGGCUACAAGCCCAACGUCUGCAAGACAUGUGGCAAGGGCUUCGUGAAGAAGUGUAACCUGACGCUGCACGAGCGCGUGCACUCUGGGGAGAAGCCGCACGUGUGCUCGCACUGCGGGAAGGCCUUCAGUCAGCGCUCCACACUCGUCAUACAUGAACGUUACCACAGCGGCGCCCGGCCCUACGUGUGCAGCCUGUGCGGCCGCGGGUUCGUGGCCAAGGGUCUGCUCUCCAUGCACCUCAAGACUACCUGCAUAUAG